AAAGAAAGAAAGAGCUCGCGAGUGAUGUGUUUGUGUAUCCUCAGUGUUUUUCUGUCAUUAGUGUUUUAUUGAGUGUUUAAACAGAGUCUUGUCUCUGUGUAUUUUAGUGUUGAUGAUGAGAGAUGAGAUGUGCUGUAAAUCAGUAGGAACUGAUCUGUCCAUGCUGGAUAUUGAUGAUUUCAUCACAGAAAUCUCUCAGCUGAAGAAAGAGGUGGCGUUACUGGAGACAAAGCUGAGGUUAAGAGGAGAUGAAGGACUGAAGAGAGAGGACUCAGAUCUCAGUCUGUCUUUACUCUGUUAUACGGAGUCAAAGUCCACAGACACUCAGGACACAACAGUGUGUGACAGUAAUGAGGACUUACAGGAUCAUCAAACCUCCACAGAGUCUCUGGAUUCUGUCUGUAACGCUGGAGAACAGCAGCAGAUCGACUACACGAACCUCACGAUGAAGAUCGAAACUGAACCCACAGAAAUAAAAACUGAAGCCACAGAAAUGAAAACUGAACCCACAGAAAUAAUAACUGAAGCCACAGAAGAGGAAGAUCAUGAUGAUGAAAAUGAGGGCUGUGGUGGUGAUGAUUUUAUUCCUUCAGAUGAGAGGAAUGAUUCAUGUUCUGAAGGAGAAAUAACGUCCUCAACAUCAAAAGAGAGACAUUUAGAGAGCAAACACACAGAACAGAAACUCUUCACCUGCAGGACAUCUGAGAUCAACUUUACUACCUUACUAGAGGAGAAACUUCAUUCAGAAGAUCACAGAGGGAAGAAGUUUGACUGUCAGCAGUGUGGGAAGAAUUUUGAAUUCUUAUGUCAGCUACAAAUUCACAUGAGGACACACAGUGGUGAAAAGUCUUUCCACUGCAGUGAAUGUGGCAAAUAUUUCGGCAGCAAACAAAAUCUUGAUGCUCAUCAGAGAAUUCACACUGGAGAGAAACCUUAUCACUGUAAUGUUUGUGGAAAGAGUUUCAGUCGACAUGAUAGAUUAGUGUCACACCAGAAAACUCAUACAGGUGAAAAACCUUACAAAUGCUCUCAGUGUGAGAGGACAUUUACUAAGUCAGGCAACUUAAAAGCCCAUGAGAUAAUUCAUACUGGAGAGAAACCUUAUCUCUGUAGUGUUUGUGGAAAGGGUUUUAAUCAACAUAACCGUUUAGUUAUACACCAGAGAACUCAUACAGGUGAGAAACCCUACAAAUGCUCUUGGUGUGACAAGAGGUUUAAUCAGUCAGGCAACUUACAAGCCCAUGAGAGAGUUCACAAGGGAGAGAAACCUUAUCUCUGUAAUGUUUGUGGAAAGAAUUUUACACAACAAUACAGUUUAGUGACACACCAGAGAAUUCAUACAGGGGAAAAACCUUACAAAUGCUCUCGGUGUGGGAAGAUGUUUGCUUUAUUAAGUACCUUAAAAACCCAUGAGAGAGUUCACACUGGAGAGAAACCUUAUGUCUGCUUGAUCUGUGGUAAGACCUUCCUAAGUUUCCCUUCUUUCAGCUAUCAUCACAGACUUCACACUGGAGAAAGACCUUACAAAUGCUCUUAUUGUGAGAAGACAUUUACUCAGUCAGGCAACUUAAAAGCCCAUGAAAGAAUUCAUACUGGAGAGAAAGCUCAUCACUGUGGUGUUUGUGGAAAGAGUUUCAAUCGACAUGAUCGUUUAGUAUCGCACCAGAGAACUCAUACAGGUGAAAAAUCCUACAAAUGCUCUCAGUGUGAAGAGACGUUUACUGCUUUACGUUCUUUAAAAGCCCAUGAGGGAGUUCAUACUCCCAUGCAUGAUCUGUGGUAACAGCUUCUCUUAUUCAUUUCAUGUCGGAGUUUGUACUGGAGAAAAACCUUAUCAUUGUUGUGUUUGUGGGAGGAGUUUCAGUCAACAUAAUAGUUUAGUGAUACAGAAUUCAUAUCUUAUGAUUACAACUGAUUGAUUAUGAACUGUAUUUAUGCUUUGCGUUUGAAUUGGCUUUUGUAUUAUGAGGCUCUUACCUUGCUAAUAAAUUGUUAUUUUGGAUUUAUUCUGCAUAACUCUGAAUUAUUGACUACAAGUACAUUUGAUGUA